GCAGCGCAACUCCCCAAAUAGUCCACAUUUAUCCGUCAGUGCACUGAGAAACAAGCACUUGGGGAGCAGCAAUGUUUAUAUUUUAUAACUUUUUUUUUUUUUACAUUUGAUAGUUUUGGAGUAGAAGUUUUUUUAGCCUCCGGCGAUGCAGCACGCAUCUAUAGCUCUUCCUCAGCGGAUCAUUCUUAAACAGCAACCAGUCAAGAGCCCCAGUGAGUUGUUGGCAGCUCUGAUGUGGUGCAGCUGCAACAGCCUCGAUCUAAAACCGCUGGACAGAAGCCGAGCGCAGGUUACACAUAUCCAAAUAUGCGCGUAAUUGGAGUGCACUGGCGAGGCGUCCCUUGCACCCCCAACGUUACCGAGUUAACGUUGUCGUGAUGUUUAAUACUUCGGGAAUUGAGCUCACUUUUAACAAGAAAGAGGAUAUUUCCGAAGUUAUCAAUGGCACUCUGCAGUUUUGGUACACCGUCACCACCAGUCCCACAACCAUGGGGAACGAGUCGUGCGGGGAGCAGCUGCUGGAUUUCGGGCGCCCGGAGAAGAUCAUUAUCGGGGUGAUGUUGGCGAUCAUCACGGCGGUCACCGUCAUGGGAAACACGCUGGUGGUGAUCGCAGUGUGCGUGGUGAAGAAACUGAGGCAACCUUCAAACUACCUACUGGUAUCCCUGGCAGUGGCUGACCUCUCGGUGGCAAUAGUUGUGAUGCCGUUUGUGAUAGUGACAGACCUCACCGGGGGCAAGUGGCUUUUUGGAGACGUGUUCUGCAACAUCUUCGUCGGCAUGGAUGUAAUGUGCUGCACUGCCUCCAUCAUGACCCUGUGCGUGAUCAGCGUCGAUAGAUAUCUGGGAAUCACACGGCCCCUCACCUACCCAGCCCGCCAGAACGGUCAGUUGAUGGCGAAGAUGAUCUUGGGAGUGUGGUUGGUGUCAGCUUCCAUCACCCUCCCACCUUUCUGCGGCUGGGCUAAAAAUGUCCACACAGCCAAUGUGUGCCUCAUUAGCCAAGACUUUGGCUACACCAUCUAUUCCACAGCUGUAGCCUUCUACAUUCCUAUGCUGGUCAUGCUGGUCAUGUACUACAAGAUCUUCAAGGCAGCUCGCAAGAGCGGCGCCAAGCACCGCUUCACUGACUUUUCACGACGCGAGCGCCUCGAAACAGUGGCUAAUGAGACGCUGCGAAUGCAGGGCCUGAAACCGCCCGGUGUGGCAGAGGAGUGUGUAGCCUUGUCCCGCCUGCUGAACCGUGAACGCAGAAACAUCUCCAUCUUCAAGCGGGAGCAGAAAGCAGCGACAACUCUGGGGGUGAUCGUGGGGGUCUUUGCUGUGUGCUGGCUGCCAUUCUUCAUCCUGUCCACUGCCAGGCCCUUUAUCUGUGGAGUGGAGUGUAGCUGCGUGCCCAUCUGGCUGGAGCGCACUCUGCUCUGGUUAGGCUACGCCAACUCGUUAAUGAACCCCUUCAUCUACGCCUUCUUCAACCGAGAUCUGCGAUCCACUUAUCGCGACCUUCUCCGCUGUCGUUAUCGCAACAUCAACCGUCGACUGUCUGCCGUGGGAGUGCAUGAGGCUCUAAAGGUUUAAAGCAGCAGCUUAUAUUUACUCUCCAGUAGUGUGGUAUGAUGGCCCUGUGCUUGUACACUUGGUGCUUAAAGGGCGACGUGUACUGUACACAGCAGGCCUGUAGAUAAGACAAAGACUGACAGAAUGGGAGUCACUGUUGGUGGCUCUAUGGCACCGUCGCAAAGGCAGAAAGACAGCACGAUCACUCUAGUGUGUGUGUGACUCAGUCAUUCUAUUUUGGGAAAGAAAAUCAUAGAGCGUACUUGAUGGGCUAUUCAAGUCGACACUGCUUUUGUGCAUAUGCCACAAUUCUGUCCUGGCUCCGGAUUUAUGGUAGGAUAAUGUAGUGACAAAGGAAAUGACAUGUAAACACAAUAAAUCAUCCUAGGGCUUUCAAACGGAACAGAAGGCAAACAGAUUUCUGUAUAAUAACAAAAUUGAUGUUUGAAACAUUUGUUUUGUUUUCAUUGUCUUCUGAACAUCUUCAUCUAAACAUGCAUUUGAGCACAUCCCAGAUUCAUUUCAACCAGAAAGUGAACACUUGGAGGUGUAUUGUGCUUUGUGCCAAGAUUAAAUAUAAUUUAUAUCACUUUACCUUUAGUCAUAUCUUUCAAUUUGGACCUCUGACUAAAUUUAACAGGAGCACCUUAAAUAUGUCACAAAUGUUUAAUAUGUGGUGAUGCCAAGGGAAUGGAGGUGUGUGGAAAAUGGUGUUAAAAUGCAUCUUCCAUUCAUUAAAUCUGAGUGUUUGUUGCUAUAAAAAGAAACGGAAAGUGGUUUGUUUAGUGUCUGCAUGAAACAUAUUUGUCUUACAUGCCACUGUAUACAUAGAUCAUAAGAGAUUUUGAGUAGUAAGUGACAGCUUGGCAGAAGUGUUUCCAUGUUUAACUUUAUCGCACACUUGAACUCAAAAUGAACUAAAUAGUGUAUGUGUCAGAAACCAUGAUACUGUGGACUUUUUUCACUUGUUAUUUUGCCUUCAUUCCACAUUCGGCUGCUGACCUUAUUGGAACCUAUUGAACUCUGCAGUUUCACUUUCGGAAUUUACAUGUUCUUGAGACUCUUUUGCUCCACUGGUUGUCAACAAUGUUUCUAUCUCCCUUUUGAACCAGGAUGUGGUCACUGCCCUCCUGACCACACCUGAACUCUUUGGUGACCUGUAUAAACCUGUGUCAAAUCAGUCAUCAGUCGAGCAGUGUGUGCUUUUUCUACCUCGAUUUUUGAGAACACUGUACAUUUCCUCCAAACAGAUGUUCCGCUGUAUUGCAUCAUUUUGUAAUUAACUACUAUUUUAUAUUGUGGAAGAUCGAUCUGUCGACAACUGCUCUGUGAUUGCUCUGUCUGACCGCUUUGUCGUUACCUUCAGAAAGAAGCUGGGGAAGCGGCAAAACAUUUCAACACUUUGUAAAUAAAAAAUCACUUGGUUAAAAUGUCA